AUGGCACGUCACUACUACGAAGACGAAGAUCUUGACAUCCAUAUAUCCCGCGAAACCUUAACGCGAGGACGAGAUCCCGUCCCCACAAUCCCCUACCGACGACCACAACCACAACAUAAUCCCGUUCCAGUCCCAGGCUACCGGUACGGAACAUCCGCCUAUCUCACUCCAGAGAUCUCUUCCAUCCGACGAGCCCAUUCAACAGGUCAUCGGGAACGAUCUCCUUUUCCACCUCCUCCUCCACCCGUUGCUCCUGCUCCCAUUGCACAGCCUAUCAUCGUAGAUCAGCGAAGGACUUACAACAAUGAUUUCGAUAGCGAUAGCGAUGAUUCUUCCAUGUAUGAAAGCCGUCGUGCGAGGAGUAGAUUAAGUGUAGGAGAUGGAGGGAGACGUAAACAUCGAAGUCAUAGUCGUCAUAGUCGUCAUGUGAGUACUUCGCACAGUGGGACAUCAUCGGGACGAGGGAGUUUCACACGUGAAGAAUUUGAGUUGGAGGUGACGAGGGCGGAGUUGGAGAGGAUUAGGAUGGAGAAGGAGCGGGAGAGGAGUGAGAGGUUGGUGAGGGAUUCGGGGGAGUUGGCGAGAUAUAGAGCGGAGACGGAGAGAGAGAGAAAUGAGAGGUUGUUGAGGGAGGAUAUUGAGUUGAGGAUGACGAAGGGGGAGUUGGAACGGUAUAAAUCUGAACGGGAGAGGGAGAAGGAGAGAGAAAAGAAUGAGAGGUUAUUGAGAGAAGACAUUGAAUUGAGAAUGACCAAAGGGGAAUUGGAAAGAUAUAAAGCGGAGAAAGAGAUGGAAAAGAAGGAAAAAAUGUUAAGAGAAGAAUUCGAACUUCUCUCCUUCAAGGAAGAAAAAAAGCGAAUGGAAAAAGAAAAACGUAGUCAAGAGGAAAAAGAAAGAGCCGAGAGAGAAAUCAGAGAUACAUACGAACGAAUGAAACGCAUGGAACAAGAACGACACGAGCGAGAAAACAAAGCCCGGGAAGAAACGAUCGAAAAGUACAAGAGAGAAGAAGCCGAAAAGGCAGCUCGAGAACGCAAAGAAAAAGAAGAAAUAAUUGAGAAAUUCAAAAAACAAGAAGCGGAUCGAUUAGCGCGGGAGAGACAUGAGAGGGAACAAAGAGAACAGGAAUAUCAACGACGUCUUCAUGAAGAUCUUCAUAAAGCCGGUUUGAACGAACAGCAAAUUGUAGCUGUGAAAGAAGGGAAAGCUCUUCCGCCACCAGUGGCUCAGAUGCCUGCUCGUCCUCCUCCUGCUCCUACUCCAGUACAGCAAGCUCCUCCACCUCCGGUGCAGCAUAACCCUCCACAAUAUCAAAUCCAACCUGUGGGUCCAAGACCAACUUAUACCAGAAUGUCAAGGAAACAUUUGUCCCUUGAAACAUUACGUGUUUAUGGAAUUUCCUAUGAAUUCGAUAGAGAGGACCCCGAAUACCUCCUAAUCAAACGCUGGGUACCGGAAGAAGAACAAGACAUCCUCUGGACGCACACACGACAACUACGUGAAACACGAAGCCCAGCACCGCAAAAACAACAACAACAACAUCAACAACACACCAUCGAAUACGUCAAGGAAUACGUAGUAGAAGAUCGACAUAAGAAGAAACAUCAUCGGAAGAAUGAUGAUUUGCAGUUGGUUAUUGAGAGGAAGCAUAAGCGGGGACAUAGUCAUGCGGGGAGUAGGAGUCCGAGUCCUUGGGUUAGGUGGGCGGCGGGGAGGUAG